AUGUCCCAGUUUUCUGCUGGCACAAAGACGCCGCCACACUCCUCCUCACCCCCAAACGACUCCCCCUUGGGCCACCGCAAGACGAACUCCUUUGCCGAACCAUUCCCCGACCACAACAUCGAUCUUUCCCGAGCUAUUACGCCUCCAGACUAUGGCAGUCCGGUAAACGGCUCACCAGUGAAUAGCCCACCUCGCAAGCGCAGCAGCUCACGCCCCCUGUCUAUGGUCCUGGCCCAUAACCCGCCCCUCAUGGACGUCACCGAAGAUACUAUCCCGGAGCUCCAGCCCAUCUUCACCUUCCUGAACAGCCAUUCCAACAAGCUGUACCAAGAAGGCUAUUUCUUGAAGCUCGACGACCAAAACACUCAGGGUAAACCGAACCCCGACAGAACCUGGACCGAAUGCUUCGCCCAGCUCGUUGGUACCGUCCUGUCACUAUGGGACGCUGCCGAACUCGAUGCGGCCGGCGAGGACGGCGAAGUCCUUCCCAAGUUCAUCAACUUGACCGAUGCCUCCAUCAAGAUGAUUGAGUCGCUUCCUACCCGCUCCACUGACGAGCAGCCAUUGCAAAACAUCCUUAGCAUCUCGACCGCCGGAAGGAAUCGAUACCUGCUCCAUUUCAAUUCCCGACACUCCCUUCUCCAAUGGACCGCCGGUAUCAGACUUGCCAUGUUCGAGCACUCGACGCUGCAGGAGGCUUAUACUGGCGCCCUCAUUGCUGGCAAGGGCAAGUCUCUUAACAAUAUCAACAUCGUUAUGGAGCGAUCGCGCUUCAAGACCGAGGAAUGGGUUCGGGUCCGUUUCGGUGCUGGUGUUCCCUGGAGGCGGUGUUGGUGCGUCAUCUCACCGCCCGACGAGAAAGAAUAUGCCAGGCUCCAGAAGGAGAUGAAGAAGCGAUCUCCCUACGACCGAUCCCCCGUCCCCGUGUUGAAGGGCGACAUCAAGUUUUACGACACGAAAAAGGAUGGCAAGAAGCAGAAGAAGGCUAUGCCCAUUGCCUCCAUCACCGAUGCUUAUUCCGCCUACGCCAUCUAUCCCCAGGCCAAGUCAUUAAUUGACGCCUCUACGCUGCUCAAGAUUGAGGGUAACGUCUCGAUCCACACCGAACCACCUUCGUCCACCGAGGGUUUCGUCUUCAUCAUGCCCGAAACCCACCCCGCAGUUACUGGCUUUGAGAUGCUGCUGCGAUUCCUCUUCCCCACCUGGGACACAUUUGGCUUGUAUGGCCGCCCUGGAAGACUUGUUGCCAGUGUUCUAGACACCCGAUCUCUCAUGUUCGCCAUGCCCAAGCACAAGCGUUACGGCUACCUGGAGAAUUUGGACGUUUCCAACCUCAUUCUUGAGGAUGGAAGUGCUGGGUGGAACGAGAAGGACUGGAGAAAGAAGCUCAAAGAGACCACCGGGACAAGAAUGAACGUAAUUGAAGAUGCGCCCUCCACACGAUCUCGAAGCAACAGCCGAAAGAGUGUGAGGUUGAGCUUUGGCGGAGGCUCUGGAGGUGCUGGCAAGCCGCCGAAGGUGGGCUUCUCCGAUGACAAGGGCUCCGUCAGGUCUUCGCGAUCCCAUUCCCUGACCGGACCACCCCGGACGGACUCGGCCCCCCCGGACUCUCAGCCUGAUAGAGCAUUGGCUGCUGUGGCGGGGGGGCCCGAGAAUCGUACUCGGAACGCCUCGGACCCCAACCACGGUGUGGCUCCACCGUAUCGCAACGACUACAGCCCUUACAACGGUUCUCCUCAGAGGAACCAGACUCCUGUCGGGGGCUACGGCCAGGAAAAGGCGGCUCCUUAUGACGGUCCCAAUUUUGAUGACGAUCGUGGUGGCCUUGGGGUGAGUGAACUGGAUGGAAUGCGACAGAUGCAGACCCCAGAGCCUGUUUCUCGGCCACCGGCUUUCAACCAUGCUCCCCAAGCGCGGCCUGUUAGCAAUGUUUACCAUUCUCCGGAGCUCCGUCAGGCCAAUAGCCGACUCUCGAGCUCUACUCUGGCUCAACUGGCCAAUGCCGGAGGCCUAACCGGACCGAAUCAUUCGAACUCUCCAGCUGGGAGAGAGGGGGACGAUGCGAGAUUAGGACCAUCGGUACUUGCAAACGCCAACAACCAACUAGGGAUAUCUGCUAACGAGAACGGCUCGCGCGAAGCUCUAAGCCCACCUGGCCAGAAUCCUGCGUCGACUGGCCAUCCUGCACCUCUUAACCUCUCAAAGCAACGGUCCAAAUCUCCCCUGGCCCAGUCUCCCUACGGCCCUCCCAGUCCCUACACACAUGGCCCCAACUCUCGACCUUCCACAUCUGAUGGCCCAAGGUCACCCAUGCCCCCUGGCUAUAUGGCCCCCCCUCGGUCCCCACACCCGCAAAACCCAAACUACCGGCCGGAUCAAGGACCUGGCGGCCCGAUGCCGGAUGGCCGGAGACCGUCUGAUCCCCGUCCCCCACCUGGGCAUGGGCCACCUCCCCACGGUCCAAUGCCUGGAAACAAUAGGAGACCUUCCGAUCCCCGUGCUCCUCCUGGUUACGGCCCGCCUAACCAUGGCCCUAUGCCAGACCGGAGGCCCUCUGAUCCUCGUCCUCCUCCUGGCCAUGGCCCUCCUCCUCACGGAGCACCUCCGUACGGUAAUAACUUCCGGCCUGGCCCACGCGGGCCCCCGGGUCCACCCGGCCCUCCCGGUCAGCCGGGGGCGCAUAGGAAGCCAAUUCCCGAAAGAGCGCCAAACUUCGACAGUCUUUCCGGCAGCAGCACGAUCACAACCAAUGAGAUCAUUGACCACUACGCCUACGAUCAGGGACGUCUUCCUGUGCGUCAAGGCACUCCCAACUCUGAUAGACCGCCACCUCCACCUCAGCGUCAGGGGAGCGGGAUCAGCGGCCAGAGCAGCCAUUACGAUGACACCUCUUCGAACAGAAGCAUCGAUUACGCAAGCACACACAAAUCCAGUGAGACAAAUCAGUCUGUUGAGCGACCCCGAGCUGGUGUUCUCAGGACAACGGGAGGCGAGGAAGACCCCGAUAUUCCACCUAACCACAGCUAUGAUAUCCCUGAAAUCAACUUUGGGCCAACCGUCAACUAUAGCGCCACUCAGCAGCAGCAGCUGGCUCGCAGCAAGAUUCCGAAUGCCCUGCAGCCUGGCAUGGGUCCCACGCCGCCACCACACAAGUCCAUGGGGCAAAACUCCCAUGAACGAACGGAGUCUGAGGAAAAACGAACAAUGGCUUGGGCUCCUGGUACCACGAGCCCCGGCUCUGGUUCUCGCGGCCUGAGCGCUGAAGAAUAUGUGCAGCAGAAGGCGGCUCAUGCUCGGAGUUCCUCGAGCAACACUCUCGGGAGCAUGCGAUCGGGAACCCCAACCAAUAUGAACCGAAGAAAUUCCCAUGAUAUCACGCAGCGACAUUCACGGAGCAGCUCGGCGGAUUUGCUUUCAAGGCCAGGAUCCCGAGGAGCCAACGCAGCUCUCAACUACUCAAGCUCGGGUGAACACUCCUCAAGCUUGAAUGCUCGGGAACAGGAGCAGAUGUCCAGGAUGACAGGAACCCCUCUGAUCAACAUGGCCGGGAACCAGAGGCAGCUCGCCCAAGGACCCGGCCUCGUGGGUGCCAUCGAGGCUCGAGAGAUGGAAAAGCAGCAGAUGAAGCAGGGGGUCAGCACGCAGGUCGGGCAGGCGAUCAAUCAGCGGCAGCAACAGCAGCAGCAGCAACAGCAGGCCAUCGCGUAUCAACACCAAGUGGCUCAGCAGCAAAUGGCACAGCAACAGCAACAAUUGGCCCAGCAACAAAGGAUGGCACAACAGCAGAUGGCCCAACAGCAAAUGGCUCAACAACAGCAGCAGAUGGCUCAGCAACAAGCUUAUCAGCAGCAACAAAUGAUGGCCGAGCGCAGCAUGUCACCGCCACAGCCUGGGUAUAGCCCCAUGGGCAGGGGAGGAGGCCCAGGGCCAUAUAGCCCUGGAGGAUCACCAUACGGAGCGCCUCAGCAAGCGGCCUACGGACAGAGUUUCUCUCGUCCUCUUCAAUCACCUCCUCAGAUGGUGGAUCCUCGAUUCGCGCCACCUCCACAAGGCCAGUACGGGCAGCCACAACCGGGGCAGCGAAACAUUCACCCUAAGCAUCAAGGACAGGCGUUUUAA